CGUUUGAUUUCACUUGUAGGAAGCGGCCUGUUCAGUGUUGAUCGAGUAGUGAAUGCGUGUUGUGAAACUGGUUGGCACGCGUGUCAGAGUUUAUCUUCGUGAGGGGCGUAUGUGCAAGAGUAAAAAUAACUAUCGCAUCAAUGAUCGUCAUCAUCGUCAUGUUACCUUCCGGUGUUAGAAUUUGUUUAUGUUGAACGAGGAAAGGACGGAUUGACCAUCAUGUCUACCGAGUGAACGAAGUGAUGUUUGUAAUUUCGGUGUUUCACCAACAUGUGUGCAGUCUAAACGAGUUGAAGUAAUUUAGAUGUUAAAUCCUCACUGCUGCUGACAUUAGCACUUUUUUGCUUCAACAUUCAACAAUGUGUAUAGAGUGACUUAAUCAGUCGUCGUCUCAGGACGUUGUUCAGAAAUGAUUUACGCCUCGAGUUGCGCUUCUACAGUUCUGCUUGUGUUAGUGCUUAUCUAUAGUGAGAAAUAACGCUGACACAAACAACUUCAAGUGGAGAAAGAAAAGAAAUAUCACACAUCAAGUGAUAAAGUUCCUUAUCAGCGGAAAAAUACGAAUAAUUCAGUUUCGUCUUCAAUGCUGCUUCUAGUCGUUGUCGCCAUCGGGCAGAGUUGUUGGUGUUCGCAGUAGACGAUAUAAGUUGCAGUGCUAUAUUUGGAAUAUGUGAGUAGCGACAAAGUAACACACCUCAAUUGGUUUCGAAUCUACAGUGAAGAAAUUAAGAUUAGUUCGCGAAAAAGCUGCCAUUUUUCACAGUGUUUUAGAUGAAUUUUAAAUUCGACGCAAACUGCAUCUUUUAUCGUGAUAAUGGCUGCAUGGAAAACUUAGUCGCUUGAGAGAGGUUAACUUCAUGGUGGACUUUCCAACGGUUAUUCGGAACAGUAAGACAGUCGCAUAUCUUGGUGGUAAACUGACCGAAACUCCACGGAGAGAAAGUUUUAUACUGAGUGGAUAAAAAAAUUGGAUUAUAUCACAUAAGGCUGAUAGUACAACGUUGGUUGAUCACGAGGCAUAUAGAGAUCGACAUCAAAAUGACCAUGGGCAACAUGCGACCGCUGAAGAUUACCACCGUCGGCGACGGAAUGGUUGGUAAAACGUGCCUAUUAAUUACGUACACUCAGAACGAAUUCCCCAGUGAAUAUGUUCCAACAGUUUUCGAUAACCACGCCUGCAACAUCAACGUGGACGAAAAAGAAUAUGCCCUCACUUUAUGGGACACUGCUGGUCAAGAGGAUUAUGAAAGACUACGACCGCUCAGCUAUCCAAACACCGAUUGUUUUCUCAUAUGUUACUCCAUAUCUAGCAAAACAUCUUUCGAUAAUGUGCUUUCAAAAUGGUACCCCGAGAUAAGACAUUUUGCACCAAAUGUUCCAAUAGUGCUCGUAGGUACAAAAAGCGACUUGAGAGUACAAGGAUCAGAAAAGUUUGUCACUACUGCGGAGGGAAAGAAACUAAAGCACAAAAUCAAAGCCUAUUCCUUGGUCGAAUGUUCCGCAAAGAAAAAGCUGAACCUCGGAGAUGUGUUCGACGAAGCUGUCCGAGCGGUGGAAAAAAAGCCACAUACCAAACCGCGGGUUUGCACCAUACUGUAGUAUCAUUCGAUGCUUUAGAUUUUAUUUUGUUAUAGAUUAUUAUUGCAAGACUGAGGCCAGUGAUGAUAGGAGAUAUUCUGUAAGGACAGAUACUCCAGGGUUAUCCUCUCCUCAAUUUGAAAUUACUGUAGAUCAAGUUAUCUUUGAGCUUACCCUGAAAUGAAAAAGAAGAAAAGUAUUUAUAUAUUUCCUACCAAUGAAGUAUUGUGUAUAUUGAAAUAGUAAAAUCUAGCAAAAGGAUGAUAAAAUUUAUCCAAAUAUUGCAGAUAUUUUCAUAUUCGUUAGCUAGUCAUACUAAUUUUGUAAAAAAAAUUAUUGGAAAAAUAUUGUAAAAUAUAGUGAACAUAAGUACAUUGGUUGCCUUA